UCAAAUUAAGGUUAGGAGUAUCAAGAAGUCAUUCUAGCAGAAAUAAGUCGAUUGUUGUGAAUGUUUACACGUUGCGAAUAUUAAGAGUGGCAGCGGCCCAAUUUCACCGGAAGUCACUAUUGAGAACCGAUCGACUACACUAAAUCGCUUGAAUCAUCCCGUAAAUACGGUAACAUGCAAAGUCCAAAUCUUCUUCAGCCAUUUGGGGUAGGUAAUUAUCAUUAACUUGUCAUUUCCUCCGCUAAUGACCGGAAAAACUACUAGUUUCACAGUUUAACGGUCUUUCAUAGCAUGUGGAAAGAUGGUCGAAAGAUGUCGCCUAUGCACGUAACACUGAAAGCUGGUGUAAAAAAAGAAUAUUGUGUCGACCAUUUAAUUUCCUCAGCUGAAAGAAUUCGAAUUCUUUAGCAGUUCAGCAUAUUUUAAAAGGAAAUUAGACAUAUCUUUAAGCAAAUUGUUCUCAAGGCUAAGUCUCUUUAUCAGUCAUCUCACAUCUUUAUCGGUUUUUUUCUAAUGCGCUACUCAUUAAAGAGUUGUCGACCCAUAGCGAGAGAUCAGGUCAGUGGCGAAACAGACGCGUAUACAUAAUAACAUAGGCGCAUUUAUUUCCAAAUCAUAACCACAGUCGUGUCCUAUCGAAUUCGUCUGAUCUAAAGGCUCGUCAGGAGAAUUUGAAAAAUUGAAUUUUUACUGGAUGUGCCCGUCCAAGUAUUCACUAUACACCAGAUGCUAUAAACAUGCAUCAUUUUAAUGUGCUGUUAGCAGCAUUGGCUUUUGCACUAACUCCUUUUCCGAUUGCUGAUUCAAUUCGCUCGAGCAGUACAUCUUCCAAUUCGCAGCUUUUGGAAUCAGGUGGAGGUUUCUCAUACGUCAAGCAAGAACAUGCCGUACCGAGAUUCCUUCUGAAGCUUUAUCGACAAAGGCACUAUCCCGCAAGGAAAAACUGCAGGAACACCAUAACUGCUUUCUUUCUCGAAGGUAGGCUUGUUGAAUCAACGUUCGACAUUAACACCUGCUUAACGCUUUGGUUAUGGACAUUUGUCUUUCAGUCAUCACGUAGGACAAUUAAAUCUGUCACUUAGAGAAUAUUAGGGCUGCACUGUUAGACAACAAGGUAACCAAAACUUAAGCUGUCGUCCAAAACCUUUUAUUGAUGCAUAUUUACCAAUUGUUGUCAUAUCGAAAACUUUGUAAAGAUGAAGUUUGAUAGCAUAGUCCGGAAAGAUGCAACUAUUUGAGUUUCUUUUUCUUUCUUGAAAAAUAGGAGGAGUUAGACAAGUAAUGCCCAUGAGAGCUUUUGAAUUAAUGUUUGAUUUACGCUCUAUGACAUCAAAGAAUUUGGUGAAAGCUGAACUUCGUGUUCUUAAGAAAAAGGCUACUGACAUCGAACAGCUGAGAUGUGAAUAUUCAGUUAUGGUGCAUAGCUUCGUUAACGGAAAGAAUCCCACGAAAACAUUAGUAGAUUCCUUAACAGUAAAGAACUCCUUAAAAGGUCAGUGGCUAGAGUUCAACGUCACGACUGCUGUGAAAAUGAUAACUCAAGAAUCAGAAAGAAAAAUGGGAUUUCGGCUGUCUGUUGAUGGUGCCCUGUGCGCUGAAUUUCAUAUUGGUAAGAAAGGAAGACAUAGGCCCUUUCUAGUGACCUACACGAGGGAUUCGGAAGAUGAAUCUUCCCAGACAACUCUUGGAAGCAUCGAGUUAGGAACAAAACGGGCCAAACCAUUUCUAAUGUUCCGCACAAAUACAACAGUAAUCGAUCGUCAAAGUCGAGCUAUCCAAGAAAGGCACUGCCGCCGACGCCGCUUAAGGGUGCGUUUCAAAGACCUCAAGUGGAACCGAUGGAUAAUCACGCCUCGAAGCUAUUGGGCUAAUUACUGUGAGGGAACCUGCCCCAAAGUUCCAGUUUACCCACUGGACGUCACCAAUCACGCCAUCUUGCAGAACAUUCUCCAAUACCAUGCCUCUUACAGCUAUGUUCCGAGCCCUUCUUGUGUUCCAACAGAGUUGCAUUCGCUCUCAGUCUUAUAUCGCAAUGGGGAGGACAACGUCAUUAUAUUGAAGGCAUUUCCUGAAAUGACUGCGUCGGCGUGUGGAUGUCGAUAGACAAUAAUUAAGUACUAUAAAUAGUUGUGGCACAAUACUCCUUAAGAAUAGAUAUUAAGACUUGAAAUAAAUUCUUAGAAGCAAAGCGGAACAUAUGGUAGAUGUUGGGGUCAAAGAUUCCACCCUACACCAGAUGGUUUUAACGGUAUAUAGAAAUCCUAAUUACAACAAUAUGUAUAAUACACAAGCUAUAUGCAGGGUUUUAUGGAAUAAACAGGUUGCUAUGGAUUAGCUUAAAUGGGGGAAGCAAUCAAGUUCCACUUAUUGAUACUUUGAAUCAAAGUAAGGGCUACCUUUGUGACAACAUAGACCUCUGGAACUUAACGAAGGCAAAAAAUAAGAUUGCCUUUUAAUUCGGCUGUUAACAGUCUUUUGAAAUAACGUCGUAUUUUUUCAUGGCCAUUUUUCGCUAGCUGGUGAUAACCACGUGCACUGUAUGAUAUUUAGCUCCAUUAAUGGCACCGGCGUCGCUGCAUAAGGAUGGUUCACCACCAGAAAUCACGUAAUUAGUCCGCCGAGCGUCGUAUCACCGUCAUUGUCUUAGAAACGCUAAUUAUAUAACCAUAAGCGGUUGGCUGCGGAGCACGUGACCACAAGUUUCCGCCAACUGUCCUAAUUUUCAGAAAAAGUGCCACAAUUUGACUCGGCUGUAGUAUCCCUUCAAUUUCUCCCAGAAGACGCUGAACAUAUGUCAGAUGCAUUGUGAUUGGUCGUCCUGGUUUCUCCUUUCCGUGUGGUGGAAAGUACUAAGUAAAACCAACUCAACCAACUCCCACUUCGGCGGUUAGUUUCGUUCAAAAUAAACCCUUAAUUUAAUGUUAAGCAUUAAAUUGUCGUUUAAACGUAUUUUAAUAUAUGUAAAAAGUAGCAUGAUCGAUAAAUCUGAACGAUAUGUGAGCAACAGAUUUUAAGCUAAAAUUCACUGAUGUCCAAAAUACCUCACAAUUGCAAUUUGUUCGAGAUCCUUUAUCGGGCCUUAUCUUUCAGUUCUCAAUGUAAACACCCUUAGGUUGUGUAGAUUAUGGACUAGUCGUUCAAAUAUUAAAGCUCUGAAAAGGAAACCUGGUGGAUUUAUAAGUCUUAUAACAUAUCCAAAUAUUUUCUUUGAGGUGCGUAAUAUGGAGCAUGAAGUCAUAUGGCAUAGAAAUGUUCUCAUUACUGUAUCUCCAAACAGCUGCCAUCUUGACCAAACCAAAAUUUUUCAAGCGAUAAAGAAAGCUAAAAUUAUCCAAAGAAACUAAACACUCCUACUCCACUGCAAGAGAAUUUAAAAACAAAAAUCAUCUAAAGAAAAAUAAAGAGGUACCUAGAGAAAAAAUUGUGGCUCGGUAGUGAAAAGAGAAAGAGGCAAUGUUUAUCCUGUAGAAGCGCAGGACGUGGGACAAAGAAAAGAUCUGAGACACAGACAAGAUUCAUAUCGCGCCCUCGAACUCCCUAGCCUGAAGGCGGAACAGGCGGGGCAGAGCACGAGUGUGACUCCCGAGAGUGAAGUGCGCGGACGAACGUGGAAGGCGAAAAGUGAGGGUCCACAAUAGGGUUCUCAGAUCCCGCUUUCCCGCCCAUUUUUCCCUGUUAAUCCCGUC